AUGAAGAGAGAAGUAGUUCAUCACGACAACCAUGAUUCAAACAAUCAUACUGAAAUAGAAUUGCAAGAUCAAAAAUCAGCUGGCAAAGGUCAUGUAUACUAAAAAGCUAAAAGCUUUAAUUAAAAAGGGGAUAUCUAAUAUUAGUUCCAUGAGUUUGAUGAUCAUCAUGACGAGCAUCAUCAUUUAGGUAGAGAUAGCAGUACAAGUCCCCCUCAUAUCGUUUCAGGUGGACAAAUAUUCUAUGUUAUUGACGCUGAGUCUUUGAGAAAGGGAAAUGCAGUCAUUGAAAUUAAAGACAAAACAGCCAAUCCAGCAGCUUUAGGGUUACUAGGAUUUGGCUUGACAACCUUCCUUUUGAAUUUGCAUAACGCAGGAGUCUAUCCCUUAAAUUCAAUGGUGCUAGCCAUGGGGAUCUUUUAUGGGGGUAUCGCCUAAGUACUCGCAGGCAUCUUUGACUGGAAGAGAGGCAAUAUGUUCGGUAUGAUUGCCUUUUUGUCAUAUGGGCUGUUCUGGAUCUCACUGUGCGCUCUAUUGAUUCUUCCAAAGAUGGGAUAUGGCACUGCAUCUAGUCCAGAGAGUAUGGGUUGGUACUUAUUCAUAUGGGGUUGCUUCUCUACAUGCAUGUUCGUUGGAACCUUGAAGAAAGCUCCAUAUGCCCUUGUCUUUGUAUUCUUCACUGUAGUUAUAUUGUUCUUCUUGCUAGCAGCUCAUAAUUGGACUGAAUCAGUACAAUUAGGAAAAGCUGCUGGAAUUGAAGGCAUCAUUUGCGGAUUAUCUGCCAUUUACACAGCUUUCGGUGAGAUUCUAAAUGAAACUUAUGGAAGAACAAUUCUCCCCCUAGGAGUAAGAACUCCAGCUCCCUUAAAGAAAUGA